AUGUCGUCCCCAAGCUUACCAGAAGCUGCAUCGCUCCCCUCCCUCCCGCCGGCGGCGCAUAUCGCGAUCCUCAACACGCUCUUCGAACCAUCGCAGCAUCUCCACGACCUCGCCGGUCCGCUCUUCACGCAGCAGCCCUUCUCGUCAUACCAGGACCUCAUCGAUGCCGUAAAGGGUCGGCUGGCUGCGCUGGCCGGUAGCGCUACCCAGCCCGGCAACAACGACGAUGCGCGAGUCCUUUAUGACAUCCUAGGCUCGCAUCCACGGCUAGGGGCGUCUCGCUCGGCCUCGCAUCUCAGUGAAUCGAGCAGGCGUGAACAGGCGAAUCUUGCCUCGCCGGACGAUGGAGAUAAUGAAGCUGAUCAACUGAGGAAGCUGAAUGCGGAAUAUGAAGAGAAGUUCCCCGGCUUACGAUACGUGGUUUUUGUUAAUGGCCGAGGGAGGGAUGUCAUUAUGCAGAAUAUGCGCGAGCGUAUCCAGCGGGGGGAUCUCAAGCUUGAGAUCCAAGAGACCAUACAGGCUAUGUGUGAUAUUGCAAAUGAUAGAGCAUCCAAAGCUCUUUGA